AUGGAAAGCAAGGUGUCUAUAGACCCUCUUUUAGAAUGCUAUAUUGAUAUCAUAAGAAACUUAACAACCAUUACAAAUGAAAUCGUCAUCUCAAGCACUCGUAAAGAUACAAAUAAUUCAAACGAAUUAAAGAAUGGUGUUAAAGAAUAUAUAAAUUUGUUAGUAAACGCACAAAGUAUCCUAUCAGAUUCAACUUUAUCGAAAGUUGAGAUUCCACUUGGGUUUAUUAAGCAUAUUGAUGAAGGAAAAUCGCCAAAUACAUGGCUAAUGAAUUUAUUCCAGCUUCUCGAUGAGCAAAAUGAUAGGGCCAGAGGGGAAGUAUUAACGCUGUCUUGCCUGCAUAAAUCGAUCUGUAAAAGGCUACUAAUGAAGCGUGACCUUUCACUCGAUGAGAUUGCAAUUAUCGGCAAAAAAACAUCAUAA